GUAGGUUUUGAACAGCCAAAGAGUUCGUGUGUCGUCAAGUUAAAAAAAUAAAUAAUUAAAUGAAUUAAAAAAUGACGCGGAAACCAUUUCGGUGCCGUUAAAUGAAAUUAAUUAAAUAUUAAAGUAAAUGUAAAAUGUGAAUAUUGGUAUUUCGUAAAAUCUUUUUUUUUUUUCGUUUUUACGCGGGAAUUCAAACGUCAAGAUGACAGUUCGAAAGUGGUUCAAAACGGGCGGUGAUGUGAAACAUUUGUUUUUUAUUUUAGUGCUUCUAUCGAUAGUUGACGACUUAUCGUAUAUGUGCAGAGGAGAAAAUGAUGAUAGGGAUUCGAGGAAACUGUUUGGCGGAUACCGGAUAACGCCUAUGUACUGCAAAGCAAGCCGCGUCGCCAAAUACAACAGAGGGAGGACCAUUUGCAUGUUCAAUCAUGAAUGCGGGCAACGAGGUGGAGAGGUCGUUGGCGCUUGUAUGGACGGAUUCCUAUUCGGAGCUUGUUGCCAGCUCAAAUCCGACAGCCAAUCUCACAUACCCAAAGGCCCCGGUGUCGUCAUGACCAGCUACUUAGACUACCCGGACGCGGAUUCCACUGAAGACUAUGACGUCGAGCAAAUAAACGCCUGGCAUAACAGCUUCAAGCCUGUAGUCACGCCGGGCUAUAGACCAGCCGACAAAACGACGACAACUAAACCGGUGGAAGAAGAAACGCAAAGUGUUUCCGCUGAAAUACUAUCCGAAGGACUGACACAAAUAACUAACACUCUACUUAGCACACCACCGAAAGACAGUAGCUUUGUUUAUGUAAAACCGAAGCCAGAUUACACGUACAGCGGUAUAGACCACAGCGUGCCUGAGACUAUAUUAGUGCACACCAACGGAAGCAUUGUUGACGACGUAGCCAGACCUUCGGACUUCAAUGUCCAAGUGUCAUCGAUGCAAACAAAACCUACAGCGUCACCGACGACCAGCAGCACUGCCUCUCCGAUGACCAUAUCAACCCACCGACCAGUUUUCUCUAAGCCGGUUUUCAGACCGAAACCGACAACUACAACAGAAAAUUAUAUCAUGAUUUCCACUAUUAUGAAAGAAUCAACGAAGCCCGAACUAACCUCAAUUAAUACAAUCAUUAACAUGCUUAAUGAUUCAACUCCGAAUUUCAAUGAUGAUGCAACUAGAGCUCCCAUUGAAGAUGUCUUAGAAACCAAAUCGUCUCCUACUCCAAUCGGGACGGUAUCAUCAGCUUCGUUCAGUACAAACCAUUACCCAACAUCAGGUCAUUACGUGACCUUAAAGCCGUCUUCAUACUCAAGUACAUACUCACAGACCAAUGGUAUUUCCACAAACAGACCACAGACAAACAAACUACCAUCGUAUACAACUGCUAAUACCAUUCAAGAUUAUGAAAAGACUUCUACAAAACCUUACGUUUCUUUGAAUCCUUCUAGUCAGGCUAUAGAUGCCUUUAAUAGAUAUCCAACAGAUCCAAAUGACUUUGGAGAUAAAGUUACAACGUUUGCUUAUUUUAGUACUACAACUACAACAAAGCCCACAACCACAUCCAGACGGCCACCGUCUACCAGCUACGUCAUAGGAACUCAGCCGUCCAGAAGACCGACUCCAAUGCCAAGUUACGCUUCAGCACCUGAUUCAUUUUCCAGCGUAACCCCAACGGUUAUAGUUCUAAACGGCUUCCAAACCCCUGAACCUGAAAAAGAACCGGAAUUCGUAGAGAUAUCUCAGGAACCAUUCAAAAAACCAGUCAGUCAGAUAACAGUUAACAAUCAUAUCGAAUCGACGAAUAACAUUUACAUGGGAAAACCGCCUCAAACAUUUGAAAAACCAUCUUCCCCCACCAUAGUAAUUACACCUAAACCGGUUCCAAACACAACUCCGUACCCGGUUAAGGCGGCGACUAAACCGGUCUUUACGACAGCGACCUUCGAAACCGAAUCACCGACUACAUACAAACCGGAAUUGCAAACUUCUCCGGAUGAUUUGAUAAACUUCCCACCUGUCCGUAACCCUAUGCUCAACGCUACAGGCUCUAAUACCGCUUUAUACAACACAAGCAUUUCCUUAGCCGACAACGAGCUAGAUAUAUUACAUGACAUUGAUUUCACAACGCCAACAUGGAAGGAAGACGAGAAAUUCAAGGACAAAAUGAACAUUUUCGUCAGUAAAAUAGUGGGUAGUCUUCAAGGUACCUUCCAGGAAUUACAUGACAUAGUAAUUCUGGAUAAAAAACCGAAUUUGACAACGACCACACAAAAACCGAAGAAGACGUUAGCGACAACCAAGAAACCCUCGGUUACGACUAGGAAACCAGUGAGGUUGACCCCGACGACAAGACGACCGACUACCCGGACAACUAAAAAGCCAACUAAAUUGACAACUGCUGCUCGGAGAACGACAACCACCGCUGCCCCCACAACAACCGUUGCAUCAACAAAGAAACCGGUCACGACAACCAAAAAAACCAAACCCACCAAGAAAGCGACUACCACGGUCGCGCCGACAUCAACCGUCGACUACGAUGACGUCACUAUUGAAAACGUCGCCGAUCAAGUCGUGGAUUACAAUGACAAGAAUCUCUGCGGUGUUAGACCACUAUCGAAAUCUGGUCGUAUCGUCGGCGGGAAGAACGCGCACUUCGGAGACUGGCCUUGGCAGGUCCUGGUCAGAGAAGCUACAUGGCUUGGACUGUUCGUGAAGAACAAAUGCGGCGGUGUCUUGAUUACCAGCAGAUUCGUGACCACGGCUGCCCAUUGUCAACCUGGAUUCUUGGCUUCUCUAGUAGCCGUUUUCGGGGAGAACGAUAUAUCAGGUGACAAGGAGCCAAAGAUUCCGGUCACUCGCAACGUGCGUCGCGUCAUCGUGCACAGGCAAUACGAUCCUGCGACCUUCGAAAACGAUUUGGCUAUUUUAGAACUCGAAACUCCAAUCAAAUUUGACUCCCAUAUAGUACCCAUCUGUCUGCCUCCUGAUGACGCUGAUUUCACCGGCCGAGUUGCAACGGUCACCGGCUGGGGUCGAAUCAAAUAUGGUGGUGGAAUACCUGCUGUGCUCCAAGAAGUUCAGGUACCAGUAAUAGAGAACAGCGCCUGCCAAGAGAUGUUCCACACGGCGGGUCACGACAAGGUCAUCAAAUCGUCCUUCCUCUGCGCCGGCUACGCUAAUGGCCAGAAGGAUUCUUGUGAGGGCGAUAGUGGAGGACCCUUGGUUCUACAGAGAGACGACGGCCGUUGGCAACUGGUUGGGACUGUAUCUCACGGCAUCAAAUGCGCAGCUCCAUUCCUACCUGGAGUCUACAUGAGGACCACCUUCUAUAAACCCUGGCUGAAGAGUAUCACCGCUGUUAAAGGUUGAUUGUUCGAGGAUAAAAAACAGCCACUCUUUCGGCAUAUUCUGGUGCUAAUUACCAAUUUUAGUAAAAUGUAAUUAUUCUUUGGUAUUGGUUUAAAAACCUACAACUACUUUGUGUACUAAGCUCAAAUCAACGGAUGUAUAAAAAAUACUUUUGUAAGACUUCAAGUUCAUAUUCCGCUCAAAAUUUAGUAUAAAAUUGACGCGAUUUACAUUUACUAUCAUUUCAUAAUAAUCUUAUCAUGUACAGUAAGCAUAACACGAUUAAUUUCAUGAUCAACUUUAUUAUCAUCUUAAUCAUCGCUAAUCAGAACCAUUUCAUCAUCCACCAUCGUUUCUUUGUUCUUUUAAAAUAAACGAUUACAUAAGGCAAACCAAAUUAGGAGCUGCAAUUUCAGUAGUGAUCAAAUAUAUUAUAUUAAAAUGCCCAUCUAAGCUGCUUAUCUUAUUUUAGCAAAAAGAGACUUAAAGCUCUAAGAGCUCUUUAAAUUUUAACACCAUUGUUAUUCUGGUUUGGGUUUAUUUUUAAACUAUUUAUAAUUACAUCAGCUUAUUAACUUAAUUCAUUCAUUAAUUCUUCAUCUUUGUCAUCAUCAUGAUAUCAUUUCAUUAGAAUUGAAUUAAUGAAUCUAUUGUUUGUGUGUGUGUGUGCGUGAAACAUGUAUGGUUAUAUGUAAAUAAUAUUAGUGACAAAAUAAUUUAUUAUUAGAAACCAUAAAAGCUCUCUAUGAAUGGGAAAGCGCUUUUGUUACGAAAAUCCAAUUUGUCCAGUUUCUAUAGAUCCACGGGAAUAAAGAUGGGAGAUGGCUAGGUGACUCUGGUUCUUAGCGUCACUCAUAAAAUUAUAGAAUUUUUGAGAUAGUCCUUCGUCUUUAAGCUGGUCGGUCCAUCGAGCUGGUGCUCGGUCACUUGAUUUUUUCCCCCUCUGUAUUUAAAACAAUUAAGCCCUCCAAGCUUUCGUCUCCACUUCUCAUUAUAUGGCCAAAGUAACUCAGAAAGCGCUGUUUGCCGACCGUGUACAGUCGCGGGUUGAUUUAGGGUUCUGACAGCAUCGACUGAUUUGAAGGUUUAGCGCGAUCUACGAUAUCCUCAGCAUACGCCUCCAACACCACACUUCGAAGGCAUCGGUCCAUGCAAUAAAGUGCAGAACUAUAUCACUGCUCUCGCGAAGAUCUUGACUAAGCACCAAUUAACUUGACUAAAGAACAUUUAUUAGUUGGAACGUCCAAUUACGCAGUUUUCGAAGUAAAUUAUCAUGUCACGACUUUAGAAGAUACGAUCUAAUAGAUUGUCAAUGGUAGUUUCGUCUUAGAGAAAUAUUCGCUAGGAGUGAAUUUAGUAGAAAUACUGCAAGGAGAAAACCGACUGUCGUCAGAACAAAAUAAUACUAAAAAUAAAUAUAUUCAUCUAAAAUUAGGAAACUUAACAAAUAUAUAUAUCUCGUUACUGCGAGCCCAGAGAAAUUAUGUCAUAUAUUCAUAUAUUUCAUUAGAUAAAAAGCAAUAAAGCAAAUGUUUAUAAAAACUCCUAGGUUUCUGUAAAUUUUGCACAAUCAGCCAAGACCCCAGCUGAUAGGUCAUUAAAAAUAUCUAAAGAACUGCGGAUACAAGUGGCGGCUAUAGUCACCACUUUAUAUACACGGUUUUCUUCCACUGCAACAAUUUCAGCUAUUUCAGAUUAGAAAUUCUCAGAGCUAAUAUUGGCUAUAUGGCCUCUCUUGCGUUUGGUAGAUAUGUGACUUCGGGAAAGUCACUGUGGAUUGAUGAUUGAUGUCAGCUGAUCUGUCUUAGUGAAUGAGGAUCUAAAGCGCUUUCCGUGUGAACGAGAUAUGGGAAGAUCGAUCGAUAUUAUUGUAUAAAUCGCAUUUAUUUAUUUGUUAAUAACUAGUUUAAGACUGAUGUAAGUGUUGGAUGUUCGUUAGAUAAUACUUGUGUAUCUUUCAAGUUGUUAAUGCACGAAAUCGGGCCAAAUUUUUGCUGUAUUUUCUCUCAAAGUAAUAACAAAACAUUGUUUACCAGUUCUAAUGAGCAGAUAAUUUAUUAUUGUAUCGUUAAAGAGUUCGUUCAAUUUUAUUAUUUGUUCAAUUAAAUUUGUGCAUUUAUUAAAUGUUUAAGUUACGAAUAAAAUUUUAUUUAAAACUAAA